AUGUCUGCCGAUUCCCUCACCACGGCGGCCACGCUCUUUGCGGGCCCUGGGACGACAAAUACAACACCAUCCACCAAUAGUAGCCUGGAUUUUCGUCUCGUGCUGAAUGGCAACGUCCAGACGCUCUCCACGCAUAACGCUCCGGAAAAUGACCCGAUCCAGGGAUUACUCUUCGUCCCCAGCCUCAACCCCCAUGAUCCGUGUAACGAUAUAGCUGCGCCAUUUGUCCCUCCCAAUGUCACGCGGAAAGAAGACGUCUCGCCGUUUGGAAAUCAUUCCAUCGCCUUGGCGCCAUGGAUAUCCGUCGAAUGCUCCCACUCGUUCCUAAAAGCUUCACGGCACGAUGAACCCGAUGCGUUGAUAUUCUUCCUGCCUACCCAAGACAAUAAAGAGAAACCCCCUUCGCCAGAUGAUCCGACAUGGGUUCUGGGCGACGGCGACGAAUGGAAAAAUCGAAAUGAAUAUCCGGUAUAUGCGAUUCCAGGACCGGAUGGGGCGACGCUGAUGCAGAGACUAUCCUGGUAUUCGGAGGAUACGACUUUAACCUCUCCGCACGAAAAUGACAGUAGUGCUGUUGCACCGCAUCGGCACUAUCAUGAGGAUGUGCGACUCUUUACGUUCAUUGACCUGGCCAAAAAUGGUAAAAAGAUGCCCAGUCUGUGGGGAUUUGUCCUCGCUAUCCUCGGCACUAUAUUAGUCCUCAGCAUGCUCUUGCUGGUCUGCUAUCAGAUCGUGCAGAAAAGACGUCGACGACGUCUGCGACGAAGAAUCGAAGCUGGCGAUGCAGAUCUUGAAUCCCUUGGUCUUAACCAGAUGAAAGUUCCACAAGAGAUUGUGGACCAGCUCCCGAAAUAUACCUUUCCUGAUGUCAACGCGCCGCCAGAGGCACUACUACCCAACAACACGCACUCGCACCACACGAAGUUCUUUUCCGACUGCCAUGGAUCAAUAACUACCAUUGAAGAAGAACCAGAAGACAGAGAUGAGAUUGACGCAGAUCACGAACCUCAUAUCCAACGACCACAACCUGCCACCACCACUACUACCACCACCGCCAACACAACCACUACAACAGUAAACCAGCCAAUAUCAACUACACUUUCCGUAGACCGACUCAGCUACUCCCAAACCACAUGCGCCAUUUGCUUAGAUGACUACGAGCCUGGACUGUCGAUUGUACGAGAGAUGCCGUGCGGGCAUAUCUUCGAUGCACAUUGCAUCGAUACGUUCCUGACGCAGAAUAGCAGUCUAUGUCCAUUAUGCAAGAAGAGUGUGCUGCCGUCGGGGACGCAUCCUAUACCCGUGACGAAUAUCAUGGUUCAACGGGAUUAUAUGCAGCGGAGGACGCGGUAA